AUGAUGGGCCGCAACUCCUCCACAUCCUCGGCCUCCCGGUCGGAUAGGACCAUCGACUUCGACGCCGAGCUGGAGAGCCCAUUCGGGCGGCUCGAGACCCUCCGGCGUUCCGACCUCCGCGAGACCGCCUACGAGCUCUUCUUCAUGUCGUGCCGCUCGUCGCCCGGCUUUGGCGGGGGCCGGAGCGCGCUCAAUUACUACACGUUGGAUGGCGGCGGUGGGGACGGGUCGCCGACGAGCGGGGGGCCGAAGGGUGGGACGGGGAUGAUGGUGGUGAACAGCAGGAUAAAGAAGGCGCUGGGGCUGAAGGCGAGGCGGCCGGCGCCCAUGCGGACGAUGAGCCAGUCGGGCGGGAACGGCGGGCCGAACUCGCCGGGGAAGUUGAGGCGGCCGAUGACAUCGGCGGAGAUCAUGCGGCAGCAGAUGCGGGUGACCGACCCGAGCGACAACCGGCUGCGGAAGACCCUCAUGAGGACCCUCGUCGGGCAGGUAGGUAGAAGAGUAGAGACGAUCAUACUUCCUCUAGAGCUUCUCCGCCAGUUAAAACCAUCUGAAUUCAACGACAUGCAAGAGUACUACCAAUGGCAGAGGCGCCAGCUGAGGAUCCUAGAAGCUGGCCUCCUCUUAUACCCCCCAAUCCCCCUGGAUCGGCUCAACUCCUCCGCGCUCCGUUUGCGGGAAGUCAUCCGGUCGAGCGAGCAAAAGCCCAUCGACACUAGCAAGAACUCCGAAGCCAUGCGCAACCUUUGCAACUCCGUCGUCGCCUUAGCAUGGCGUAGCACCAAUGGUUCCCCCACCGAAGUGUGCCAUUGGGCCGAUGGCUACCCCAUGAACGUCCACCUCUACUCGGUUCUCCUCCAGUCCCUCUUCGACCUCCGAGAAGAGACCGUGGUCCUGGAUGAGGUCGACGAGCUCACUGAGCUAAUGAAGAAGACAUGGUCCACAUUGGGGAUCAAUAGGAUGAUCCACAAUGCAUGCUUCACCUGGGUGCUAUUCCAACAAUAUGUCAUCACCGGGGAGAUCGAACCAGACCUAAUAUGUGCAGCAUUAGCAAUGCUCGUCGAGGUGGCCAACGAUGCAAAGAGGUCCGACCGUGAGCCGAACUACUUGAAGGUGUUGUCGAGCGUGCUGACGGCGAUCCAGGGAUGGACGGAGAAGAGGUUGUUAGAUUAUCACGAGAAGUUCCACAGGGGAACUUUGGGCAACAUGGAGAAUAUACUUUCGUUGGCACUCUCAACGACAAGGAUCAUAGCUGAAGAUGUUCCAAGUAUGGGGACCGUGAUGGGCAUGACCGCGUCGGGAAACCGGGUGGAUUACUACAUAAGAUCUUCCAUGAGAAAUGCAUUCACUAAGAUAUUCGAGAAUGGAGCUGGGUCUGCAGACAGCAUGAUCGAAGCAGAACAAGAUCCGAGUGAAAUUUUGAUAGAGUUGGCCAAAGAGACGGAAGAACUAGCGCUCGUUGAGAGGGAAACUUUUAGCCCGGUCCUGAGCAAAUGGCUGUCAAAUCCGACCGCCGCCGCGGUGGUGACCAUCCACAACUGCUAUGGUAUCGUGCUGAAGCAGUACUUGGCCAAGGUCACUUGCCUGACAAACGAUUUGGUUCGGGUGCUCCAAUCUGCUGGACAGCUGGAGAAGUUCCUGGUUCAGAUGGUUGUCGAGGAUUCCGCAGACUGCGAGGAUGGUGGGAAGGGGAUCGUGAGGGAGAUGAUCCCAUACGAAGUGGACAUAAUUGUUGUGAACCUCCUCAAGACCUGGAUAGACGAGAGGCUAAGGAUUGGAAAGGAGUGCGUCAAGAGAGCUAAAGAAACAGAGAGCUGGAUCCCGAGGUCCAAAAGCGAGCCUUACGCCCAGUCUGCUGUGGAUCUGAUGAAGCUGGCCAAGGUGACAGUGGAUGAGUUCUUUGAGAUUCCAGUGGGAGCCAGGGAUGACAUGGUCCAAGACCUUGCUGAUGGACUGGAGAGCAUCUUUCAGGACUACAUUUCCUUGGUUGCAUCGUGUGGGAGCAAGCAAACCUACGUUCCGGCACUCCCCCCACUAACAAGAUGCAGCCGGGAUUCCACGGUGGUCAGGCUAUGGAAGAAGGCGUCGAGCCCCUGCAAUGCGGGCGUGGAUAUGCCCAAGGUGAGCAUGAAUGCGGAAGGGCACCAACCAAAGCCGUCAACGAGCCGUGGCACGCAGCGGCUCUACAUCCGGCUGAACACCCUCCACUAUGUCCUCGCCCACCUACACGCGCUGGACAAGUCGCUAUCCUUCUUCUCCCGGGGCCACGGUCCAUCUCCCAGCAUCCGCGCCGCCAACAGCAACCGCCGCCUCGCCCCCUCCUACCACUUCGACCUCGCCCGCUCCUCCGUCCAGUCAGCCAUCCAGCAUGUGUCCGAGGUGGCUGCCUACCGCCUUAUCUUCCUGGACUCUCACCAAUCUUUCUACGAUGGCCUCUACCUGGGCGACGUCGCCGAUGCCAGGAUUUGCCCGGCCCUCCGCAUCCUCAAACAGAACCUCACCCUCCUCAUCUCCAUGCUCAUCGAUCGGGCACAGCCGGUCGCAGUCAAGGAGGUGUUGAGAGCUGCAUUCGAGGCAUUCCUUAUGGUGCUGCUCGCCGGCGGGAGCGAGCGGGCCUUCCUUCGGUCCGACCAUCAGAUGAUACUGGAGGACCUGCGGAGCUUAAAGAAAGCAUUUUGUACAUGCGGCGAGGGGCUCGUGGCGGAGGAGGCCGUCGAUAGCGAGGCAGAGGUGGUGGAGGGGAUAGUGGGGCUGAUGGGCCUGCCCACGGAGCGGCUAAUAGAGGAUUUCAGCAUCGCCGCCUGCGAAGCGAGCGGCCUCGGGGGAGCAGCCCAGAAGUUGCCGAUGCCUCCGACGACGGGGAGGUGGAACCGGACCGACCCCAACACGAUACUGAGGGUGCUGUGUCAUAGGGUCGACGACACUGCCAACUACUUCUUGAAGAAGACCUUUCUGCUGCCAAAAAGACGGUGAACGAGCGAUAGCUCCAAUCAUUGGUAAGAUUACCGUCAAGUGUAACGAACUUUACAGAGCGAGAGAGAGAGAGGAGGGUGCUGUGAACGUAAUGGGAUAUAGAAUCUAAUUUUUUACCUUUUU